GUAACUCCCCCCUCCGAAGGCGUGUGGUGCUCGUCACAACACACCAAAAAGUGAACGGGAGGAGGACAGCGGAAUAAAAGCGUGCAGACCGCAAUGGAGAGCAGCGAAUAACCACAGAAAGAGGAGGACAACAGCGGCUUAACGGCGAGAGACAUGCGGGCUGUUUAACCUCCAAACACACCGCAGCGGUGCUUUUAUAUAAUCGGAAACAAGUACCUGGGAGACCCGCGGAACUAACGUCCCAUUCUUCCUAACGAGGCAACGACGAAGGAAGAGUUUAAAAAAAAAAAAAAAAAAAUUUUGGAAGGGAAAAGUUUAGGGUGUUUGGCGCGGACACAGCGGCAACACGAUGCUUGUUCGGCGGACAAAGUGUCUCUCAUUUGGCGCCUUGCUAAUCCUGCUGGCGGUGCGCUGCUGCCUCACCAUUUCCCUGUCCCCGCAAGAAGCUCACCAGUUCCUCAGCAGGCACCGGAGGGCGAACCAAGUGUUCGAGGAGACGAGGCAAGGACACUUGGAGAGGGAGUGUGUGGAGGAGAAAUGUUCCAAGGAGGAGGCCAGAGAAAUCUUUGAAAAUGACCCUGAAACUGACUACUUCUUUCCCAAAUAUAUGGACUGUAUGAAGAAGUACGGAGAUUCAGAUAAGACAAAACAGGAUCUGAUCACAUGUGUCCACAACAUUCCCGACCAGUGUUCCCCCUCCCCCUGUAACUCCAGAGGCACGGUGCGCUGCGAGGACAAGAAGGGAGCCUUCCACUGCCACUGUUUCACGGGCUGGACCGGGGCCCAAUGUGAAAAAGAUGUUGAUGAGUGCAGCAAGAGGAACGGAGGAUGUGACCAUGAGUGCCACAACACGGUGGGCAGUUACCACUGCUCCUGUCGCCAAGGUUACAUGCUGGUUGGACGCCACAUGUGCAAUGACCUGGACGAGUGUGAAGGCCUGAAUGUGUGUGGCUCGGCUCGCUGUGAGAACAACGAGGGAGGCCACGAAUGUCUGUGCGAUCUCGGCUACGUCUACCAAGAGGAGAGCAAGAGCUGUGUCGAUGUUGACGAGUGUGAGGCAGACGUGUGCGCGGAGGAGUGUUUCAACACGCCGGGUAGUUUCCACUGUUUCUGUGACGGUCGCCACGGCCUGAAGCUGGGCCGGGACCUCCGGAGCUGUAAGGCUAUAACUCCCUGCAUCACACCGGCCCUGAAGAGGAACUCUCGCUCCCUCUACCUGGGCAGCAUGUUCAGUGGCUUGCCCGUGAUGAAGCUGCGCUUCCGCCGAAGGAUUCACACCGGAUUCUCCGCAGAGUUCGAUUUCCGCACUUUCGACCCAGAGGGCGUGAUCUUCUUUGCCGGCGGUCACUUGAACAGCUCUUGGAUAGUGCUCGCAAUGCAUCAUGGGAAGCUGGAGCUGCAGCUGAAGUACGGCUCCGUCAGCAGGGUCACCAGCAGCGGACCUGUCGUCAACGACGGCCAGUGGAGGAAGAUUUCGGUGGAGGAGCAGGGGCGGAGUCUGGUCAUUAAGAUCGACAGGGAGGCCGUGAUGAAGAUUGCAGUAAACGGUGACCUGUUCACGUUAAAGAAGGACAUGCAUGAGCUCAACCUCACUGUGGGAGGAGUCCCCUUCAAGGAGAGCAGCCUCGUUAGCAAGGUGAACCCCCGUUUGGACGGCUGCAUGAAGGAGUGGCGCUGGUUGACCGGAGACCGCUCCAUGCAAGAAAGCAUCACCACCAACGAGAACAUUCAGUGUUUCAGCACCGAGAACCCUGGAGCGUAUUAUCCUGGCAGAGGCUUCGCUUUCUACAACAUCAGCUAUGAUUCCCAGAACCUGAGUGUCCAUUUGACCUUGUAUCCAACAUCUGCCAUCGGGGUUCUCUUUGCUCUGGUCCACCAAGACACAGUCCCACUCUCCAUCGCCCUGGCUGACCACCAUCCUGCUACUGAUGACUGGAGAGACUUUGUUCUGGUGUCGGCGGGUGACGCCAUCAUCGCCAGCUCCCCGGCUCCCCUCUGCGACGGCGAGAGUCAUGAAAUCCACCUGAAGAUCUCGGGCAACCGCACACAGUUGCUGGUGGACGGGGAGCCCGGGCGCAGUGAAGAUGCCGAAGUGGACCUUUUGUCUCCUUCCAGCACCUUCAUAGGAGGUCUCCCUGAAGUUCCGCUGGCCGCCACCCCGGUGUCGGCGCACUACAGCGGCUGUAUGGUGGUCGCUGUGAACGGACUGACCCUGGACCUGGACCAGGCCCUGCACAAGCACAACGACAUCCGCUCCCACUCCUGCCCCCUGCUGGACUCCAACCAGUGACCUCCUCAGCACCGUGGAGACUGUAGUCCAGUAUAUUUCCAGGAGACUGGUCAGACUGUCAGUGGGCGGACCCGUUCCUUGUCUCCGCGGUGACUCCAGGUCAGUCCAUAAGUGCCACCUUCACUCCCAUCAGGCAGAAAUAUUCUUCAAGCUCGGCCCUCCAGUCAGACGGGACCCGGUGCUCCUCAGCGCAAGAUGCCCUGAACUUAGCUGGCGUCCAUUGAGAGAAGAAACCUUGUUAGCACACUGACACUGACAGACCUCCUCAAGUGUCCACUACAGACCCUAAAUCCUGGUCCUCGGUCACCGCAAUCCAGUCCAGAAAAGGCCGCUUCAUGGAAGAAGCACAGAGGAGGAGGAGGAGGAGGAGGAGGAGGAGGAAGAUCACCGCAUGUAAAAAAACCAAACAAGCUACUGAGUGUAAAUAAUGUGAGUGCUUUAGAAAACUACCUGACAAUAUUCAAACACGUGUAGUAACAACCUGCUCGUCUGCUGCAUCCUCAUGGCACACCUGGCAAACUCAGGGCCCACGGGCCAAAUCUGGUCCGCCACAGCAUUUUAUUGUGGCCCGCCAUGUCAUGUUAUGUGGUCUAUCACGUCACUUUAAAGUGGUCCGCCAUACCUUUUUUUUGUAGCCCACUACGUCAUUCUAAUGUGGCCCGCUGCAUCAUUUUAUGUGGCCUUCCACAUCUUUUUAUUGUGGCCUGCUGCAUCAUUUUGAGUGGCCCGCCACAUUAUACUUAUGUGGCACGUCAUACCUUAUUAUUUUGGUCCGCCACAUUAUUUUUAUGUGGCCCGCCAUACCUUUUUAUUUUGGUCCGCCACAUAAUGCCCACUGCGUCAUUCUAAUGUGGCCCGCCACAUCAUGUUAUGUGGUCUAUCACAUCAUUUUAAAGUGGUCCGCCAUACCUUUUUAUUGUAGCCCAUAAUUUGGCCUGCUGCAUCAUUUGAUGUGGCCUGCUGCAUCAUUUUAUUUUGGCCUGCUGCAUUAUUUUGAGUGGCCUGCCACAUUAUUCUUAUGUGGCCUGCCACAUUAUUCUUAUGUGGCCCGCCAUACCUUUUUAUUUUGGUCCGCCACAUAAUGCCCACUGUGUCAUUCUAAUGUGGCCCGCUGCAUCAUUUUAUUCUGGCCUGCCACUAUAUUUUAUUGUGGCCUGCUGCAUAAUUUAUGUGGCCCGCCACAUUAUUCUUAUGUGGCCGACCAUACCAUUUAAUUGUUAUUUUAUGUGUUCGUCCGCAUCCUUCUAAUGUGGCCCGCCACAUCAUUUUAAUGUGGUUCGCCAUAUCAUUUUGUCGUGGCCUGCCUCAUCAUUUAAUGUGGCCCACCACAUCAUCCUAAUGUGACCCGCCACAUCAUUUUAAAUUGGCCUGCCUCGUCAUUUUAUGUGGCCCGCCACAUCAUUUUAUUGUGACCUGCAACAUCAUUUUAUGUGGUCUGCCAAAUCAUUCUAAUGUGGCCCGCCACAUCACUUCAUGUUGCCCACCACAUCAUUUUAUGGUGGACUGUCAUAUCAUUCUAAGGUGGCGCGCCACAUGAUUUUAUUGUGGUCCAUUACAUCUUUUUAUGUGGCCUGCCACGUAAUUUAAUGUGGUCCGCCACAUCAUUCUAAUGUGACACCCCCACAUCAUUUUAUGUGGCCCGCCACGUCAUUCUAAAGUGGCCCGCCACAUCACUUCCUGUUGUCCACUGCAUCAUUUUAAUAAUGGUCCUCAACAUUAUUUUACGGUGGCCCACCUCAUAAUUUUACUGGCCCACCACUUCUUUUUAAAGUGGCUCACAGCAUCAUUUCACGUGGUCUGCCAAGUCAUUUUAUUGUGGCCGGUUGCCUCUGCCAGUUGUGUAACAAGGCUAAAUAUGACUUUAAUUUCAUGUACAUAUUUACUGUUAAAAUCGGCCCUCUGAGGGCGGCCAUAAUUGCGAUGUGGCCCCCAAUAAAAAGGAGUUUGACACGCCUGCCUUAGGAGGAUCACAAGCAAUAGAAAGUUCUUUAUUUGGUAGGUGCUAAAUAAACCAAACUGCAGAAAAAAGCCAAUGUUGAAAGGAGCGAUGUGAUUGGUCAAAGAUUUACUCUUUGUUUUUUUUGUCAUUUUCCAGUUGUCUCAUGUUUAAAGCCAGAAAGUUUGCAUCCUUUUUUAAAUUUGGUUUGAAAUCAUGUGUUGUAUAUUGUAACGCUCGUUAGAUUGUAUUGUUCUUUUAUCAGCUCACUGUGUCUACAAUGCUACAAUCCUAUUGAAAGAGCAAAAUAAAGAGUUCUAUGAACGAGGAAAA